UCGCAUUGUGCUUUGUGGCAACUUUGUUACUACUUUCGGCCAAGGAAUGAGCUAUGUACCAACAUUUGCUGGAUACUUUUGUUCGGUUUUGUAGCUCCGUUAUAAAGGUACCGUCAUCUUUCGGCACUGUUGGAGCACCGGCUGCUAGCCACCGCAAGCAAUCCUAGUUAGUGAGAGGAGAACUGUAAGAGAGGAGAUCGGGGAGAGAAGAGUGACCAGUGGUGUGGGCAGAGAUGGGAGAACCAGAGUCCCUUAAGUUUGUCUCUCUGGAGGAGGAGGUGGACUACUGGAAGGAACUGGCGACCAAGCACCAACAGAGGGCUGAGGAGGUGCAGGAGGAGCUGCAGGAGUUCCAGCAGAUGAGUCGUGACUACGAGGUGGAACUGGAGACUGAACUUAAGCAGUGUGAGACACAGAACCGAGAACUCGUCACACAGAACAACAGGCUACACAUGGAACUGGAGAACUACAAGGAGAAGUAUGAAAGGCAGCACUCGGAGGUGUACCGUCAGAUCUCUACUCUGGAAGAAGACCUGGCUGAGACCACGGCCAUCAGAGACCAGCUCCAUAAAUACAUCAGAGAGCUGGAGCAGGCUAACGAUGACCUGGAGAGAUCCAAGAGGGCUACCAUCAUGUCUCUGGAGGACUUUGAACAGAGGAUGAACCAUGUGAUAGAGAGGAAUGCCUUCCUGGAGAGUGAGCUGGACGAGAAGGAGAACCUACUGGAGUCAGUUCAGAGACUGAAGGAUGAAGCCAGAGAUCUAAGACAGGAGUUGGCUGUCCAACAGAAGCAGGAAAGACGACCGUCCUUCACUGUCACCAAAGACUCUUCCUCAGACAAGACGGAGGACAAAACAUCCCUCCAUACCUCCCAUUCAUCCACACGACCGCCCUCAUCCCUCCAUACCGCCCCUCCUGCUCUCCCUCCAUCCCUCCUCUCCACUCCCUCCAGACCCCCCCACCCCUCAGCAAGCCCCUUCACCACCCCCCCACCCUCUUACAGCAGAGGCGAUGGCCUAUCAGGUGCUCCUCUCACCACGUCGACACGUAUCUCAGCUCUCAACAUCGUAGGAGAACUGCUGAGGAAAGUCGGGAACCUGGAGUCUAAACUCGCGUCCUGUAGGGAGUUUGUCUAUGAACAGUCUCCUGGUUGCAGUACCCCCUCUGGGGGACAGGGGGAGCCACCCAUCCAGAGAGGCACUUCUUCUGACACACCAUCCACCUCCAACGGACUCUACGAGAAAGGAAUGGUGAAGAUGUUAGACUUCGGACCAGGACCCCAAAUUAUUCUGUGAACCCCCACCGCCCCCCCACCCUAGCCCCACACCUCAUCAACCCCUCCCUACAUAUCUAUCAGGGUCGUAUUCACUAGACACCGAAUGGUGGUAAUAUGUCCCUGCCCAGCACAGUCUCCCUAGGUCACCAGGCUUGUAUCCCAGCUUUCAGCUUUCAAUGGGGUUUAAUGUGCUUGCGUACAGCUCUCACUCUGGAAUGGAAUGGACCAGAUCACUGGACAUCACGGAUGUGAGUCUAGAGUUCUAGAACUGUUCUAGAAUGUCAUUGAGACAGAACCUCACCCUUUAAUGCAAUGGAACGUCAUGGAACGUCAGUGUUGAUAUCAACUUUUCUAGAGCGCCAUUGAGGAGCUUUGAUGACGUCACGGAUCAACGGUACUCCUUCCUCUGCGCUUUACCCAGGAUGCUUUGCCCUGGGGGUCUCUUAUCGAGCACUGAGCGAAGCUUCUAGGAGCGGGGCUUAUGGCUCUGGCACUUCCUGUUGGGACUAACCUGUAGCGGACCCAUUUCUGGUCAAAAGUAGUGCACUAUCUAGGGAACAGGGUGCGACCUGGGUCUAUAGGUCUCUGGUCAAAAGUAGUGCACUAUGUAGGGAAUAGGGUGCCAUUUGAGACGUAACCACAGUGUCUCGCUACAGGACGGCACGUGUUUUGUUGUUACAUUUGAUGUGUUCUGUUUUUGUUCCUUUUGUUGUUUUAUGGAGGAAGAAGUCUUACUGGAAUGAAUGUUUAUCCACACAAUAAUGAUGAUUAUAUUUAAAAAUAUAUUUUACUUCACUUGAAUACA